UUCAAUUUAAGGGCUUUAUUGCCAUGGGGAACAAAUGUAAACAUUGCCAACGCAAGUGAAGUAGAUAAUAAACAAAAGUAAAUAAACAAUAAAAAUGUACAGUAAACAUUACACUCCCAAAAGUUCCUAAACAAUAAAGACAAUUUCAAAUGCCAUAUUAUGUGUGAAUAGUUAAAGUACAAAAGGGAAAAUAAAUCAACAUAAAUAUGGAUUGUAUUUACUGUGUGUGUGUGUGUUUGCUUGCUUGCAAACAUGUUUGUGCUUGUACUAAUGCUUGCCUGUCAGAUGUACGAAAGAGUGUGUGUGUGGGAGGAGGGGGGGCACUGAGUUUGCAUAAUGUAACUAGUCAGCCCAGUUUUAUAAAAGCACAUUCACCUCCCUUUAUGUGUGGUCGUGUUUGUGUGGUCGUGUUUGUGUGGUCGUGUUUGUGUGGUCGCGUAGUGUUUGUUUGAGUGAGAUACCAUUUGUCUGCUUCCCUUCUCUACAGUCCUGCACAUGUUUUGUCUGGUAGCCGACCCUGAACCAUGCCGACAUUACUGUCAUAGACAGCAGACAAAUAUACACUACUACUGUUUGAUUUGAUGCUGAGGUUGAUUGACGACCUAUCAUAUGAAGAUGUGAAGAAAUGCUACAGGGGUUCGUCUGUGUCUUGCAGUGGGGUCCGCCACGCCGUCGAUGUGUGUGUGUGUGUGUGCGGCUGUGUGUGCGGCUCCAGCAUGCUGAGUCUGGUGCAGCAGAGCUCUCGUCCUCUGAGAGAGAGGGCGGCCGCCGGUUUGCCGGUGCCGGUGGGAGGGAGGCCAGCCAAGGAACUGCUCAUGACUCUGCCCUGUCCCUCUGCUCAGACUGUCAGCAAGUACAACUCGCAGUACCACAAACUCUUCCAGUGCGUUCCGAAGGACGAGAUCCUAAUGAAAGUAUACUCCUGCGCUCUGCUCCGAGACAUCCUGCUGCAAGGACGUCUUUAUAUCUCCAGGAACUGGCUGUGUUUCUAUGCCAACCUCUUUGGCAAGGACAUCAAGGUUGCUAUCCCCGUGGUCUCUGUGAGGCUGGUAAAGAAGCACAAAACAGCAGGUCUGGUGCCCAACGGCCUAGCCAUCACCACAGAUACCAGUCAGAAGUAUGUCUUUGUGUCUCUGCUGUCCAGGGACAGUGUGUAUGAUGUGCUCCGGAGGAUCUGCACACACCUUCAGGUCAAUGGGAAGAGUCUGAGCUUGAAACACUACAUGGAGGUUCCCCAUACCUUAUCUCUGGAUGAGUUCCCGGUGGCGGAUGAGUUCCCGGGGGCGGAUGAGUAUCCUCCGGUGCUGAAGUGGAGGAGAAAACCCUCUGUGGUGUCCGUGUCCUCGUCCCUCCCUGACCUCCUGGGUAGCUCCACCGGUAGCCUGACUGCGGUGGACUCCUCCUUCCAGACAGACCAGCCUCUGGAAGACCGGGGCUUAGAGACAGAGAAGAUCCUACUAACAGAGCCUGUUCCAGAGCUGGGCCCGAUGGAAUAUCAGCUUCUCAAGUUCUUCAUCAUACUAAUCAUCCUCCUCAUCCUGUCUUCCUGUUACCUGGCCUUCCGUGUCUGCAGCCUGGAGCACCAGCUGUCCUUCCUCAACAACCCAACACGCCCCCCCCGAGAGAGGAUUUUACUUCACUGUAGACUAGAAGAGGGCAAACCCCCAACUCCACCAUUUUGUUGUAGGUCAAAGACAAUGGCAGGUGAAAGACAAUGGGCAGGCCGAUUGAAGAGCCAGAAAACUACACUCAAACCAAUUGUGGAUGGACUGAAAAGCCCGGGAUUGGUGGAAAUGGUUGUGAGUCAGGACUGGGAAGGACUCUGAUUGGUGGAGGGAUUGGUCUGAUGGUUUUUAUUGAAGAUUUCUGGACAUGUUCACCAACAUUAGAGUCAACUGUGUUUUUUCCCUCCUGUCAAUUCAACCAGGAAUGAACUACAGGACUUUAGAGAAAAGUCAAAACCAGUAAUCUUUCAGAAAUAUAUAUAUAUAUAUGUUACUUUCAAGGAAAGGAUUUGGAUGCAUUAACACACUGACAGUGGAAGAAGCCAAUAUCGUUGGCUUUACAGAUUUUUUUUUUUAAAUGAACUUAUGAGGAUCAGUCUACUAUUUCAAAUGUUCAUCAUCAAUGAAGUCUAACUAUGUUGCCAUUCUAACAGGCAUGUUAUUCCUGGUAAACAGUGCAAUACAAUUAUGCAAAGUAUCCAGCCUAGACUGACUUUUUAAAUGUUGAAAUAUUGUCCUUUAACUCUGUUUGUGUUAUCAUGACACCACAGGUAUAUGUUUACCAUAAUGGGUAGGAUGGUACUCUUUCAUGCCCGAAAAAUAUUGUUUGGUAUAACAUCUUGUCUUUUGUUUUAAUUUGUAUAAAUGCCAGUUGUCAGCUUUGUAUUGUAAGCUACCUUUAGCCAGACACAAUGUGUCACAGUGAGUGAUCAGUCUCCUAUCUAAAUACUGAACACAGUCGUCUGAAUGAGUAAACAAUGAAGACAUUGACUGAAGUGAAAAAUAAGAAGAGUAUGUUUUCUUUAUUACACUGUAAACUUAAAAGUUAAAUCUGCAUUUCAGUCGGGAAGAAAACUAGCCAAAGAUUUAUAGUCCUUUUACUCAGAAUGUCUGAACAGAUGCAUUAGGAACAAACACACCCCACUUUGACUAUUACAGUAAUAUUGUUGAGGAAACAGAGCUCCAGUAUGUAGGGUAUACUUUACUACUAUAACCAUUAGUAUGUCUUAUCUGGUCUGUUUUAGGUCUAAACACAUCUGCAGCUAUGUAAUAGUGGUCACUGAUCUUCAGUCAAUGGUGAAAGAACAAACUGUCCCUGUAGACUCUGAGAACAGAUGAACCCUGUACACCCCUGAACAACCCAUUACAAGACUAACACUGUACAACAUAACUGUGAAGGUUACAAAUAAACAGCCAUUUGAUCUUGA